CACGAUCACGCCCCUUAAACCCUGAAAGCUAAAACCCUUCACUUUGCAUUCUCUGAAGAAAACUCCCAUUUUCUUCACCAAUCUCCACAACAUGACCACUCUCAUUCUCCGGAGAUCCUCUUCCCUACUCUCGCGCCGCUUCUUCGCCGCUCUCGCCUCCGUCCAGCCGCUCCCGCACCACCGCCACGGUGUCUCCGGCGACGGAGUUAGGUCAUUUCACGCCAGAUCCCUACCGUUCAGUUUCCGCUCGUCGCCGGUCUCUCGCGCGCCGCAGUUCGCCCUAGAGCGCGAUUACUCUAACGAUGAUGAAGCUUUAGGCGCCAACGGCGACGAAGGACUCGAGAUCGCGAAGCUCGGGAUCUCUCCGGAGAUCGUGGAUGCUCUGGCUAAGAGAGGAAUCGCGAAGCUCUUUCCCAUUCAGAGAGCUGUGCUGGAACCAGCUAUGCAAGGACGUGAUAUGAUUGGUCGAGCUAGAACUGGAACUGGGAAAACUCUUGCUUUUGGGAUACCCAUCUUGGACAGGAUCAUUAAGUUUAAUGCUAAGCAUGAGCGAGGAAGGGAUCCUUUGGCUUUGGUUUUGGCUCCAACUAGAGAACUUGCACGGCAGGUUGAGAAGGAGUUCAUUGAGACUGCACCUAACUUGGACACAAUCUGUCUUUAUGGGGGUAUGCCUAUCCAGCAACAAAUGAGGCAACUUAAUUAUGGUGUAGAUAUUGCAGUAGGCACACCUGGUCGAAUUAUUGAUCUUCUCAACAGGGGUGCACUGAAUUUGAACAGUGUUCAGUUUGUUGUUCUUGAUGAAGCUGAUCAGAUGCUUCAAGUAGGAUUUCAAGAAGAUGUGGAGAAGAUCUUGGAGAGGUUGUCUCCAAAUCGUCAAACUCUUAUGUUCUCAGCAACAAUGCCAUCUUGGAUAAUGAGUAUUACCCGCAAUUAUCUAAACAACCCCCUAACCAUUGAUCUUGUUGGAGAUUCGGAUCAGAAGUUGGCAGAUGGAAUUUCACUGUACUCUAUUGUGUCUGAUCUAUACACUAAAGCAGGAAUUCUGGCACCUCUGAUAACUGAACAUGCGAAUGGAGGAAAAUGUAUUGUUUUCACCCAAACCAAACGUGAUGCUGAUCGAUUAUCAUAUAUCAUGGCAAAAAGCCUUAGAUGUGAGGCCUUGCAUGGAGAUAUUUCACAAACUCAGAGGGAAAGGACUCUCGCUGGCUUCAGAAACAACAAUUUUAAUGUUUUAGUAGCAACUGAUGUUGCUUCACGAGGGCUUGAUAUUCCAAAUGUGGAUCUCGUAAUACAUUAUGAUCUUCCCAAUUCAUCAGAGAUAUUUGUUCAUCGAUCUGGACGAACAGGCCGUGCUGGGAAGAAAGGAGCUGCUAUUCUUGUUUACUCAGAAGAUCAAUUCAGGGCUGUGAAGACUAUUGAGCGUGAUGUUGGAUGCAAAUUUACAGAGCUACCAAAGAUUGAUGUUCCAAGUGGAUCAGCAGAGAUGUUUGGUGGGAUGGGUGGUGGCAAUUUUGGCCCUUUUGGAGGUAUGAGGGAUCGUCAAUCUAGAGGUUCAGGUUUUGGUCGCAGUCCUGGAUUUAGCCGUUCUGGGAGUUACAGUAACUCUGGAUUUGGUCGAUCUAACUAUGGAAAUUCCAGUGGGAUGGGAAGGUUUGGAGGACCAAAUUCUAGCCAUUUUGGCGGCCCUGGUUCAGGUCAGUUAGGAGGAUCUUCUGGUAAUUCAUCUGGUGAAAUGGGUAGAUAUGAUGGCUUCGGUUCAGGUCAAGCAGCAACUCAAUUUGGAGGAAAUUCUUUCCCAGAUGGUUUUGGAGGAUUUGGUGGUUCAGGUCAAGCAGGAGCUCAAUCUGGUGGAAAUUCUCAUCCAGGUGGUUUUAGAGGAUUUGGUAGUUCAGAUCGAUAUAGCAGUUUUGGAGAUUUUGGGCAAGGUCAAUCUGGUGCAUUUGGUGACAGAAAGUCUAGCCAAAGCAGCAGCUUUGGUGAUUCACGUGGUAGUGGUUUCGGUGCUUUUGGUAAUGACAAUUAUAAUGGAGGAAAGUCGUUUUAAUUUCAUCAACUUGGCAUCCUGCCAAUUCCCCGUAUCUCUUGAGAUGGAAAAGGUUAUGGCAUAAGAAUAAUAUUAAUACCAUUCUAUUCUUUGAAGCAUCACUCUUUUUUCUUUCCUCCUGGCACAAUCUUCAGCUCAAACUCAACUCUAGUGUUAUUUACUGCCUCCAUGGCAAAAUGAAGGGGGAAGGCUGUAUCAUCUGCAUGUUCCACUUCUGCCAAUCAUUUUUCUUGAGAAUUUUGUAGCAGCAGCUUUAUAGGGCAGGGGGGGUCCCAUUUUUUUA